AUAUAAGAACGACUCGCCGCACUUUCGUUUCGCUAUUUUUGUCUCUGUUUUAACUUCGGUGUUUUCUUUCACGAUGCCUGAGCCAGCGAAGUCAGCUCCCGCUCCUAAGAAGGGCUCCAAGAAGGCCGUUACUAAAGCCCAAAAGAAGGACGGGAAGAAACGCAAGCGCAGCCGCAAGGAGAGCUACUCCGUGUACGUGUACAAGGUGCUGAAGCAGGUCCACCCCGACACCGGCAUCUCCUCGAAGGCCAUGGGCAUCAUGAACUCGUUCGUCAACGACAUCUUCGAGCGCAUCGCGGGCGAGGCCUCUCGCCUGGCGCAUUACAACAAGCGCUCGACCAUCACCUCCAGGGAGAUCCAGACGGCGGUGCGCCUGCUGCUGCCGGGAGAGCUGGCCAAGCACGCUGUUUCAGAGGGUACUAAGGCCGUCACCAAGUACACCAGCGCCAAGUAAACUUCUCAAGGGGGGACUUCCUCUGGAAUUUCCUGAUCUGAUCAAGAAAGCUUCCUACCAAAAAAAACCCACAGUUGCCUUCUAUCCCCUCUCGGUUUA